AUGGCUAGUGAUGGACCUCGCAUUGACCCCGGUCCGAAAGAGUGGGGUGUACUAUAUGAAGAUGUGCAGCAAUGUCAUAGAUCCCAGGUGGUGUGGAACGAAGGACAUUUAAAGUCUCUGAGAGUGAGACGAGCUUCAGAGGGUAGGGGAAACAGAGAUGUACACGACCCAGAUGACAUCCCCCAGGACCUGCAGCAGCAUUUGGUGCGUGCAGGUUUUUGGCAUGCGGCUCGCAUGAGAAGAUUACCGAUUGACCAUAGGCUGAUUACUGCACUGGUGGAGAGGUGGAGGCCGGAGACUCACACUUUCCACAUGCCUGUGGGAGAGAUGACACUCACUUUACAGGAUGUUGAGGCCAUUCUGGGUUUACGCACUGAGGGUCGGGUAGUUUCCGGUUUUACCCAUGCCAACUGGGAGGACGUAAUUCUGCAGUAUAUGGGAAGAUCUCCACUUGAAGACGAUUUGGAGUCGACUAUAUGUGCAUUUUACCAAAGAAGUUAUUCGCAUGUUCCUCGCUCCCUUAAAAACCCUGUUGACUGA